GAAUCCAUUCCAUCAUUAUCGCUCGCUCCGUCGCGGUUUGCAUUACAUAUCGCUCUAGGUAGUGGAAAAUCCACCAUAAGGUACAUAAAACAGCACCAGUUUCGCAACAUCGCAGUCGAUCUUGAGCGAAGUGAACGGUUUUAUUUCGAGUUUUCGUGUGCCGGAUCAUGUUGAAAUAUUUAAUCGCAGUCGCGCUUUUUGGGUUGGUUCACGCCCAAUUUCAGAGCGGGAUAGUGUACCUGUUCGAUCCCACGGGAAAGAGCCAAGUAACAGGAAACGUGACGUUCACCAAAACCCCGAAUGGUAUCCACGUUGAAGGGGUAGUACAGGGACUUGCGCCCGGUUUGCACGGCUUCCACGUGCACGAUCUCGGAAAUAUCGUCGGUGGUUGUACAGCCACUUCCGGUCAUUUCAAUCCCCAUAAGAAAACCCACGGUGCCCCGGAGGAUUCCAUUCGUCACGUGGGGGACCUGGGAAACAUAGUGGCAGAUCAAAGCGGCGUUGCCAAGAUAGACAUUGUAGAUAACGUAAUAGCUCUGAAUGGCCAGAAUGGCAUCAUAGGCAGGGGUGUGGUGGUGCACGAGAAGGCCGAUGAUCUGGGUAAAGGAGGAAAUAAGGAUUCUUUGAUCACCGGAAACGCGGGAGGAAGAGUCGCCUGCGGCGUGAUUGGAGUCAUCUGCCGCGAGAUUUUCAUUGCAUUUUGGACUACUCGCAUUUAUAACCUUAAUCGGUUUGACAUUGUAAGAUAUAAUGGAUUAAUUUAAUAAAUUUCGCUAUAAAAAUCAUGCAAGAGUGUUCGAAUUGUAGCAAAUUCGCGCUAUAAAACAACGAAAACAGGUAAUCAACAUUUAUUAAAAUACAAAUUCAACUGGUACAAAAAUUUCGCCUAAAACGCGUCGUUUCUCCAGUACAGCACAAAUUAAAGUUACAUAUAAAUACAAAUUUGAAUCUUGACAUUAUCCAGCACCGAUUAUUAGUGUCUCAAUAUUCCUACAUAACCGAAUAGCAGAAGACCAGAAGCUUAAAAUAACCAAUGAAAGAACAGAAGUUCGAGUAAUUUACGCAACACCAUUAUUCCACCUGAAAACCUCUUACUUAUCGCACAUUCCGCAAUUCCACCUCACGCAUCACAUCUUACACAAACGCCUCGCCCUUACUUGCCCAACUUUUUUUUUAAAUUCUCCGCCAGCUUGUUGAUAAACUCGAACGUUUCCAUGUAAUCCGACCUCUGCACCUUGCUCAUGCCCUUGAUGCAAAUGGCCAGAUCCUUCGUCAUGAACCCGGACUCGAUGGUCUCCACGCAGACCUCCUCCAAGCUCCGGGCGAAGUUCUCCAGCUGCUUGUUACCGUCCAACUUGGCCCUGUGCUCCAGCCCCUUCGUCCAGGCGAAUAUCGAAGCGAUGGGGUUCGUCGACGUCUCCUUGCCCUGCUGGUGCAUCCUGUAGUGCCUCGUCACCGUGCCGUGCGCCGCCUCGGCCUCCAACGUUAUACCAUCGGGAGCCACCAGCACCGAUGUCAUCAGACCCAACGAACCGUAGCCCUACGAUUGUACUUACUUGGGCGACGGAGUCCGACUGGACGUCCCCGUCGUAGUUUUUGCAGGCCCAAAUGAAUCCGCCCUCGGAUUUCAUGGCGUACGCGACCAUGUCGUCGAUCAAUCGGUGCUCGUACCAGAUGUUCUUCUGCUCGAAGGCCAGUUUGUACUCCCUGUCGUAGAUGUCCUGGAAGAUGUCCUUGAAGCGGCCAUCGUACUUCUUCAGGAUGGUGUUUUUGGUGCUCAAAUAGAGGGGAUAUUGUCGGUCGAUGGCGUAUUUGAAGCAGGUGUGGGCGAAAUCGAUGAUCGAUUGAUCGGUGUUGUACAUGCCUGGAAAUGAAAUUGUUAUAAAAAUUAUAUAUUACGAAUGUUAAGGAUACAUUGUAAUUGAAUGCAUUAUUCAAAAUGGUUUAU